CCAUUCCAUACUAGCGCCGUAUAAAUGCGUUCAAAUAACCUUAAUUGGAAUACCGACUGACGUAUAAAUGCGUCCGAUAAUCUAUAGCGUGAAUACCGAGUGUCGCAAUAAUGCGCACCUGCAGAUGUAGCUCUGAAUGCCUAGCGACGCAAAAAUACGUCCGUUUUAAUUGGUCUCUAAAAUAAAGUUCUUUGUUUGCUGUCAGUUAUCAACCAAUGAAAAUUCUUGUUACAAAUGCUUUCUGAAACAGAAAGUAGAUUUUUUCCCAACUUCUUCCGGUCAUAACUUUGACAAAAUACGACGAGAACAGACACCUAUACAGAGCUUUUUUCAAUCAUGGAUUCCGAUUCUUCGGACAAUGAGAGUAAUUUCAGUGGAUUUGAAUCAGAUGAUUUACCAUUAGCAGAUUUAAUUGACUCGGAUGAUGAAUUUGAUGAUAGUGACAAGGAAAAUGAGUCUGUUGUAGAAGACGAAAAUUGGACUGUAAAUGAUCGUUCUGAUCGUUCGAAAAAGGCAUUCUGUGGACCUGAGCCUGGCCCAAGAUUCGAUCUUGACCCUGACCAGACUGAAUGGAACUUUGUUGAAAUGUUCUUUCCAAUGAUGUUAGUUGAACUUCUUGUUGAACAAACCAACUUGUUUGCAAGACAAAAAAUGGAAAUAAAACAUGACAAGUCAUGGCGACCUGUCAGUGUGAAAGAGAUGAUGGCAUGGCUUGGCAUCAGGAUCUAUAUGAGCAUUGUGCAACUACCUCAGAUGGCUAUGUACUGGUCAACGGACAUCUUGUAUGGGAACUUUAGCGUCCGGCGAAUCAUGACAAGGGAUCGGUUCAUGAAAGUCUUGCAGUACCUCCACUGCAAUGACAAGACCAAAAUGAAGCCCAAGGGACAUCCUGAGCAAGACAAACUGUUCUUGAUUCGGCCAUUUCUUGAUGUGGUGAAAAAAAUGUGUUUGACCCUGUACAAUCCUCACAGAAAUGUUUCGAUUGACGAGGCGAUGGUCAAGUUUCGCGGUCGUCUUGGAUUUCGACAGUUCAUGCCACUCAAACCAGCCAGGUACGGUGUGAAAGUGUGGGUACGUGCGGACCCAGUGAAUGGAUAUGUCAAUGAUUUCCAAGUUUACACUGGGAAGGAUGCUAACACGGCUGAAGUUGGGCUAGCAACAAGAGUUGUGUUGGACUUGAGCCAUGAACUUCGGGGGAAAUGGCACAUUGUGAAUGUGGACAAUUUUUUUACGAGUCCCAAGUUGUUUGAUGAACUUUUGAAACAAGAAACAUAUGCGCGUGGAACUGUUCGAUCUAAUAGAAAGGGCUAUCCUGUGAAACAGCUUGGAAAAAAAACUGUCAAAACGCAGGGGGACUUUGUUUUUGCUACAAAAGGUGAACAACUUGCCAGUGUAUGGAUGGACAAAAAGGCAAUUUACACGUUGUCUACAGCAGAAAACCCCAAAGACAUUGACGCAACAGUUCUGCGUAAAACACGAAGUGGUGAAGUUCAUGAAGUACAGGCCCCACGAACCAUCCCCGAGUAUAAUCAGAAUAUGAACGGGGUCGAUCAUGCGGACCAGAUGAGGACUGAGUAUCCCACAUUUCGCACAUCAAGAAAGUGGUGGACGUACAUGUUCUUUUUUCUGCUAGAUACAGCUAUCACCAACGGGUACGUCGUGAUGAGGGAAUCCCCUUUUCACCAGCAGAAGAGUAGAAACGGAAAACCCAAAGACCGCACAGUUCUGGACUUCAGAAUGAACUUGUCAAGGCAAUUGAUAGGAGACUAUUGCGACAAUGGGAGUGCUGUUGCAAAAUUGGCCACGGUAAAAGCAGGACAUUUCCCUGGACAGGCCGAAAAAAGAGGACGCUGUCGUCAGUGUGCAAAAGAAAAGAGACGGCGUGAGUGUCAUGUCAUUUGCCUUGAAUGUCAAGUGCAUAUCUGUGUUCCCUGCUUCAAGGACUGGCAUGUGGAUUUGGCCAACUCGAUGUAAAAAAAUAUGAUAGGACUAGAUGUUGUUCUUUGUGAACAAAAGAUGGAUUAUCAUUUCAAGUGAUCAGUAUUGAAUUUUGGAAAAUUACUUAUUUUAGAAUAGUUAUUUUUAUAAAAUUUAAUUUAUAAAGAUCUCAUAAACUUGAACAAACUUAUCUGUGACAUUAAUUAAUGUUCUUGAUAAUCUAUUUUUGUAUAGAUGCAUUUUCUUGUAUGUACUGUUAUUUUCAGGUAAUGGGUUAUGUAAAAAAUCUUGUUAUUAUUUAUAAGAGUAUAAUAUUGUUAUAUUUGAAAAAAACUUGUCAUAUUGUUUUUAUUUAAAAAUAUGUUUCUAUUUGUAAUGUGUUUCUAAUUUGAAAUAAUUAUGGUAGUGCCAGUGGAUAAACUAAUUAGGAAAUAAUUAAAUGGCUUUGUUCUGAUUUUAAUUACACUUUUACAUUUUAUCAUUUUCAUUGUCUUUAUGGGUAUUUAAAUAACAAUAAAAUGCCAAAUAUCUGUCUCAAAAUAUGUCAACCAAAUAACAAUACACUGCCUAAUUGACCCCUUUCACAUUUCACACCACUGACAAUAAACAGAUAAUCUGUCACUCAGGCAUACAGAGCAAAACAGGGUAUUGACUAUCCAGGUGCAGAUAAGGCUAUUACUGAUAGGGAUUGCCUAGAGAUAAGGCUGUAGUACGGAAUG